AUGAAAAUCUUAUUGAAUGGUCUUUUACUUUCCCUUUGGAUAACAUUUUGCUGUAGUUUAGCAUCGAAUGGUAAGUACAAAUAAAGUUAUGGCUGGAAAAUUAUUUUGUACAUCAUAUGAAAUUUAGAAAUUUAGCUGAAUUUACGAAUUUCAUAUAUUCUUAGGGCGCUUUCCAUUAACACGGCCAGACCGGUCAGAACGGUCAAAUUGUUGAAUGGAACACAAAACGUUUUGGCUUCGGAUCUAUCUGACCGUGAAAUUUAGAUAAAAUUAGAAUGAGGUCCAUUUUUGCUAGAUAUUUAAGAACCAGAUCUUUCCAUUGGUACAGAGACAAAAAUUCGGGUCAUGGAAAGUGCCCCAAUGCAUCCGUUAGACUACAUGAGUAUACUUUAUUGAAAAGGAAUUUUGCACCUAUUUCUAUACGUUAUACGGGUAUAAGUGUUAAAUGGAUUAAUUUUGUUCUGCAGAUCAAAUGUGGAAAAUUUUAAAUUGAACUGGAAAAUUUAACAAUUUCCUCCUCCCCCUACAUUCUUUUAUUGGACUUAUGGUAACACAAUGGGCCUAUUUCAGCCGGUUUUGACGAAUGUUAAUGACGAAUGUUGUCAGUUGACGAUGUCGUCAGAGGACGUGGACAGCGUAUUUUUCAAAUAUCAUUCAAUGGACCAUUUGCAUUAUAGACUAAAUUUUGAUCUAGACAAAAAUUUCAUCACAGCUUGAAAGAGCAUCACAAAAUUAGGAAUAUUCCAAAGUUUCGUUGCGAAAUGUUGUAAAAUGCAGAUAAUAUAUAACCUUGCGAAAUUUGCAAUUUUCAGUCAUUUUGUAUUACAAACGGGAAAUUGAUGCCCCAACACCCGAUUGGGCUGUCAAUUUCCCGUGCGUAAUACAAAAUGACUGAAAAACGGCAGACUUCGCAUGGCUAUAUUAUCCGCAUUUUACAACAUUUCGCAACGAAACUUUGGAAUAUUACUAAUUUUGUGAUGCUCUUUCAAGCUGUGAUGAAAUUUUUGUCUAUAUCAAAAUUUAGUCUACAAUGCAAAUGGUCCAUUAAAGCUGAAUCGGCCAGAUUAAUCGUUGUGUAUAAGCGUAUAUUCAUUGGUUUGACCAGAUUUUUCGCAGUUUGCUCAUAAGAGCAUAUCCUUCACUCUUCUGAACCAGAGCGAUGUCUUCUUAUUCGACAUACGUUUAUACGAGUAAACUUUAAAUAAUGAAUCUUUACGUUUACAGCUCUAAAUUCAGAAGAGGCUGACUUCUACAGGUCGCUAACAACCAAUGAAAACGCCGAGUUAAACUCAAAUCAUGUCCACCGCGGCAAACGGUCUGUACAAAAAGAUUCUCAGAACCAAGUCUACGAAAGUGAAAUCAAAAUUCUCGGACAUAUCGAAAGCGAGGCUAGAGAUCGUGUGGUGAGGUCAUCGGGGGACUCUGAGUAUAGUAUCUCUGAGAUCCCUAUCGAGACUAAAAUAUCCCAUGAAAAUUAUAUCGAUCCAAAAUUAUCUUAUGAUGAUCCUAAUUCAUCCUCUAAUGACCAGGUCACCGUGACGGACUUGUCUUCAGUCGAUUCCAAACCCUCUGAUAACGAUCGCGCGGUUUCGACAAGCUCUGGAGAUUCCAAAUCGAGCGAUACAGAUAUUGGGACUGGGAUCGAAGUAGAAUCGGAAGAAAAAUUGAGUGACGAAGACCCGGAUGAACUUCAGACUACGUCCCAGUCCACCGUCGGGGAGAUUACUGUAUCAAGCAGAGCCGAUAUAAGCAGAGAAGGUAUAAUAUGUUGCGCAACAACCGUAACUUCAUGUAUGGCUAAGAUUUUGCCGAGCCAGCGAUUGGGGUUUUAGAAUAUAAUAAAUUAUUAUAUAAAUUAUUAGGCGCGCGCGCAAGCAGGGUUUCGAACCCACGACUUUGGACUUACUAGAUCGACGCUCUACCAACUGAGCUACACAUUCAGGACGGAUUGAAGACACAAAUCUUCCUUGUCCAAAAUCUGGCAAUACUAUAGCUUUGGAGUUACACACGAGCGUACACACGAGCAAAUAAGACUUCGUCUGUACUUGGCUUCAUACUAGAUAGCUUUAGCAGCGUGUAGGAGAUUCGUCAAUCUCGUACUUGUAGUCGCUUGCUAAAGCUCCCUACUGCCUGUAUCACUGGGGAAAAAAUGUGAAUCCAUACUAUGAGAUUUGCAAUUACACCACUAAAUCCAUAGUAUAUCCAUCCAAUAUCGAUACUUUAUUAUAUGAGUAUUGAAUUUUAUACGCGAUAAAGUUGUCGAAUAAAAACCAUAUGCCUAAAAUUUCUGAGGAUCUCAUUGGACAUACGACAUUCGCCACUAGUGAAGAACGUCGUAUUAGCCUUCUCAUUGGACGUACGGAAUUUGUCACUAGUGAAAAAUUUCGUAUUUACUUUUCCCGCCACGCCACUGGCGUACAAGAAAACAACAAUCAGUUUUUUUAGAUGUCCAUUCGACUUUUGAUUUGAAAUGGCUUCACGCUUUGCAGAGACACCAUCCGUAAGCGAAUUCAUUGAACAACAGGAGAAUAAUAAUACAAGAAUUUUGAAGCGAAAUAGUUCAUUUGUUGUAGCUAUUGUUGUACUUUUUGAUGCAUAUUAUAUAUGUUUGAAACGUUUGGUUUGAAUUGUGUCUAUCGUUCAGCACUUAAAUUUCACUCUAAAAUAUAAUAACUCAUAUAAUAAACAAAUUACUUCAUGGUUGAUUCGCUUGUACGAUUUUUAUUAUGCACUCGUUGCGAAAAAUUCCUAUUAACUCACUCGUUCGCUGCGCUCACUCGUUCGUUUAUAGGAAUUUUUCGCAACUCGUGCAUAAAAAUCGUACGCGCUCAUCAACCAUGAAGUAAUCUCUAUUUCUAUGGAUUUUCAAAAUUUUUUCCAGUGAUAUCGUACACAAAGAGAACCCUGUGUACGAGGUUGUGAUAUUGUACAUAACGUUUAAGGUAUAAUUAUUUUACUUACAGUUUUAUGGCCCUCUGGAACGUAUGGAUUGCCAAAGCCGAAAUCAGGUUGUCCAGAGUCCUCGGGUUUUCUCUGGAAGACUGGCACGAGGUUCUACGACACCGAAGACGAUGGGACUGAAAACCAUAACUCUGAUGCGUACCAUCUUGCUGGUGACGUCACUGAAGAUGGAAUCACGUGGGAGUUCUGUAUGAAAACAAAAGAUGUCGGAUUAAAAAGGUAAAGAGAUACUUGGGAACUAUUUAUAAUUAUAGACCCAUUGCACAUGACGUCACAGCGCCAGUGACGAUGCAUCUGGAGGACAAAUUAGCCAUCUAUGCAUAAUAUAACUUUUGUAAACAAAGAAAAUUUUGUAAAACUUUAUAAUAAUUUUGUAUUAAAAUGGUUAAUUUUUGCGCUGUAUGUGGUUGCUGUACCCGAACAGAUAUUGUUAGGGAGCAUCUGGAGGACACUCCAAGGACUUGUGACGUUAGUGCAAUGGGUCUAUUACAUAAAAUAAUUAUCCCUUAUUUACUGAGACCGAGGGAAACAGCGUGCUUUGUGGCCCCGAGACAAUGGCGUAGCCAGCAUGACGAUUUGGUCCCGAUAUGCACAUUUCCACUCAUCAUCAUUAUUCAUUUCUUUAGAAAUCGAUUGUGUUGAUAGUUUAUAAAAAUGGCAAUAUUUGCAUAGCGGGACUGAAUCGUCGGACUGGCUACGCCACUGCCCCGAGACCGUCGUUGUUGCCCGUGGCGAAGUCGAGUUUCAACGUUACGCUGAAACCGCACUGUAUUGACAUUAUUCUCUAUUAAUUAUUUUAGCUGGCCUCAAGGUAAAUACUGCAUAUAUAAGAAAGGUGCUGGUUGUCCCGGCGGUCUACAGGCAGGUUUUGUUUACUGGGAUGACGAGAAUAUAGACAACAAAAACCACUUUAAUGGCGACCUGCCAGAGGGCGAGUACACGGAUAAAACAAAGAUAUUGUUCUGCUGCAGCACAACUGGCAAAGCUGAAUCUGAAAUUGUUUUGCCAACCGAGAAACCGUUUUAUUUGUUUCCUUAUGGGGACACUGCGUGUCAAAAGGUGGGUAUGUGGUUUAGUGAAGGAUUUUGUAGAUGUCAAAUUUCCGAAGUGCAAAUUUUAUCCGGGCCAGCCCG